CUCCCUCUCUCUCCCCCUCUCUCCCUCUCUCGCUCUAAACAUUUCUGUUUUUGCCUCCUGAGGACUGUUUUGAAAGACUUUGACUCCUUCACACAAACGUACUAUUUUUUGUUUUUUUUAAUUUUUUAAUUUUUUAAUAAUCUCUUCCAUGGAGGUCGGAGUCUAACUGCAGUAUCAGAGUGACACACAGCGCGAGACUCUUCUGCCGGCAAGGACCAUGCCGACCAUGCUCAGUGCCAUCGUCCUCCAGAUUCUGAGCGUGCUGAUUGGUCUGAGCUGCUCCCUGAAUCCAAGAGACCCAAACGUGUGCAUCCUCUGGGAGAGCUUCACCACUUCCGUCAAAGAGUCCUAUCUGCAUCCUUACGACCAGGUGACAGACGAGCCCUGCGCUGACCCUCGGACCUUCUACAGAUGCCUGCACCACAGGAUCACCUACAAGACGGCCUACAGGCAGGCGGUAAAGACGGACUAUCGCAAGAGGUACCAGUGCUGUCCAGGGUUCUACGAGAGCAGAGACAAAUGCGUCCCUCGCUGCACCAAAGAGUGCGUCCACGGCCGCUGUAUCGCUCCAGACCGCUGCCAGUGUGAAGGAGGCUGGCGAGGAGACGACUGCUCCAGUGCCUGUGAUGACAAACACUGGGGCCCGCGAUGCAGUCAGCAAUGCAAGUGUGAGAACGGAGCUCUGUGUGAUCCUGUGAAGGGCCAGUGUCAGUGUUUCCCCGGGUUUAUCGGACGACACUGCGAGGAGUCGUGUCCAGCAGGAACCUUUGGGAAAGGCUGCCUGCAGAGGUGCAAGUGUGGGACCGGAGGAUCCUGCGAUAAAGCAACAGGAGAGUGUGUGUGUCGGGACGCAUUCACUGGAACAUUCUGUGAGAAGUCGUGUCCCAGGAAAUGCCAGGUGCGAUGCCCCUGUCAGAACGGGGGCAUCUGUCGGGGCAAAGGCGUCUGUGCUUGUCCCCCCGGAUGGACGGGUGCAGUGUGUACGGAGCGAUGUCCCGAGGGAAGGUUCGGGCCAAACUGUGCAGAGGAGUGCGUCUGCCACAACAGCGGGAAAUGUAACCCUGAAACUGGGCAGUGUCAGUGUGCGAAAGGUUUCGCUGGUAACAGGUGUAAUGAAGAGUGUGCAGCAGGAAGUUACGGUCAGGACUGCAAAGGUGUGUGUGACUGUGCUAACGGAGCUCGCUGUUACAACAUCGACGGAGGCUGCCUGUGCGAGCCGGGCUUCAGUGGCCCGCAGUGCAGGGACAGGAUGUGUGCACCGGGAAAAUACGGCAUGCACUGCGAACGCUCCUGUCUCUGCCAGGACAAACACACACUCAGCUGUCAUCCGAUGAAAGGAGAGUGCACGUGCCAGCCGGGCUGGGCAGGACUGUUCUGUAAUGAGACGUGCGCUCAUGGAUUCUAUGGUCACGGUUGCCUGGAGCCGUGUCUGUGUGUGAAUGGAGGUGUGUGUGAUAGCGCCACUGGACAGUGUCACUGUGCACCAGGGUUCACGGGCGUUCAUUGUGAGAAUCCAUGUAAAAGUGGCACAUAUGGUAAAAACUGCUCUCUGGAGUGCUCCUGUGAUCACUUUGUUGACUGCUCACCAGUUGAUGGGACCUGCUUCUGUAAAGAAGGCUGGCAAGGACCGGACUGUUCCACCCCCUGCUCCGAGGGAACCUGGGGUCCAGGAUGCAACAGCACGUGCCACUGUGCAAACGGGGCAAAAUGUCACCCUGCCGAUGGAACCUGCACCUGUGCGGCCGGAUGGCAGGGGCCACACUGUGACCAACCAUGCCCUAUGGGCACGUUUGGUCCAGGCUGUCUGAAGAGGUGUGACUGUGUCCGUGCCGAUGGUUGCCAAGCUACCACCGGGGAGUGCCACUGUCUGCCAGGCUGGUGGGGUCCUCGCUGCAGUGACUCAUGUUCAGAGGGCUUGUGGGGGCGUCACUGUAAUCAGUCCUGCUUCAAGCAUUGCCCCAACAGUGACACCUGCAUAAGGGAAACUGGAGAAUGUGUGUGUCAUCCAGGCUACUGGGGAGUCACCUGUCAGAACAAAUGCAGAGCUGGUAUGUACGGUGAGCAGUGCAGUAUGUCCUGUCCAUCCUGCGGAGAGUCGUACCGCUGCCAUCAUGUGACAGGAGAGUGUGACUGCCUGCCGGGAUACACUGGACACAACUGUGAUCAAGUUUGUCCAGCUGGUUACUAUGGAAAACAGUGUUCUGAAGUGUGUAUUACCUGUGCCAACAACUCCACGUGUGACCACAGGGAUGGUCACUGUGAAUGUUUGCCCGGCUGGACGGCAACGGACUGCUCCAAAUCCUGUAGUCCAGGACGUUUUGGUCCAUUCUGCACACAGACCUGCUCCUGCCCGACCAGUCUCAUCUGUGACAGGUUUGCCGGAGACUGCGUCUGUGAAAGUGGAGGAGACGACUGCAAACAAGAAGCACCUGAGCAGGCAGGCAGCGUCAUGGUGCCUCUUCCUCCCGGUGAGAGGGAGUCAUGGGGAGCCAUUAGUGGCAUCGUCGUGCUCGUCAUCCUGGUGGUCUUGCUGCUCUCGCUGCUGCUGCUCUAUCGCCGCAGGCAGAAAGACAAGCAGAACAACGCACCCACCGUCUCUUUCUCCACCAGCCGCACUGUCAACUCUGAAUACGCCGUUCCAGAUGUUCCCUACAGUUACCACCACUACUACUCCAACCCCAGCUACCACACACUGAGCCAGAACAGGCCUCCACUGCCACACCUCCCCAACAACCAGGACCGCACUAUCAAGAACACCAAUAACCAGCUGUUCUGUAGUGUGAAAAACAUGGAGCGGGAGAGGCGUGGCCUGUUUGGUGUAGAGAGCAACGCAACGCUGCCCGCAGACUGGAAACACCAGGAGCCCCGCAAAGACUCAGGGGCGUUUGGAAUCGAUCGGCGCUACAGCUACAGUGCCAGCCUUGGAAAAUAUUACAGCAAAGAGCUGAAGGACACGGUGGCUGUUAGCAGCAGCUCUCUGAACAGUGAGAAUCCCUACGCCACCAUCAAAGACCUGCCGGGCCUGCCCUUCUGUCCCCAAGAGAGUAGCUACAUGGAGAUGAAGUCAGCUGUGCCCAGAGAGAGAGCGUACACCGAGAUCAGCCCGCCACCGUUCAACACGGCCACUUUACACAGAGAGCGUCAUAACUCCCUCGGUCAGGCUCCUCACGAUGACCCACAGAGCCACUACGACCUCCCUGUGAACAGCCACAUACCAGGACACUAUGACCUGCCACCAGUCCGCCGCCCGCCCUCCCCUUCCUCCUCCCCCAGGAGAACCCCCCAGUGACUCUCCCCAUCGUUCCCUCCUCCACCUCUUCCUCACUUUGGAGAUGAUGAUGAUGAUGAUGAUUUCUGGCCUGUGCUCGCAAACAAAGAGUAAACGUGAAGCGUAACUCAGCAAGCAGGAGGCCGCUGACCUUCCGCUGUUACUGAGGAGGAUUCCAUUUUUUUACAACUCAACACUGCCCCUGUGUGGACUGAGGUGGUAGUGGAUUCACCAUGACACACCUGUCAUCCAGACAGGGGAGCCAGCAGCAGGCUAAAGUCAUACAAACGUUUUCCCUCUUUUGUUAGUUGCUUCUCCAGCUGUUGUACAUUUUAUAAAACAAAAUUCACCUUUUAUUAUCGUUACAAAAAUGACGUAUGUUGUCAUUGUUUUCUAUAUUUUAUUGGUUUCCCUGCUCAAUAAGAAGAAGUUUAAUUUACCCAGCUGGCAGCUGUGCUCCUUGUAAAAACCCUGAAAAAAAGAAAAAGUCAUGGGAACUUUAAUAGACGUCGUCUAAUGCUUUGUACUUUUAUGCCUUUUACAGCAAAAUGAAUGUUAAAAAACUGCCAGUGUUUGAAACUAAUGAGAGAAUAUUGUCUCUUAAAGGUUGAUAGUCAGAAUCAUCAGAUGAUUGAAGCAGCGUUGUACAUUUAUCCAUAUAUAUGUUUGUUCUUCAUUUACAAAAGUGGCAUUUUCUAUACAUGUGCGCCUUCCUGCUGCUGCUGCUGCUGUUGGAUGGAAAAGUUGUAAAUAUAGAUAUAAAUGUCGUUUAAGAUUGUGUUAAAGUGAUAGUUCAGGUUUUUUGAAGUGUGGUUGUAUGAGGUAUGUCAGUGGAAACACGAGGAAAACAGGAGGAGGCUCAUCUAAUUCCAUCUGUGCCUGUUUAAGUGUGAACUUAAGAAUAUUGUUUUCCACUUCGUCUCACUUGUAGACAUCAGAUUUUAAAUCACAGCACAAAAGAGUUGUGUGUCCACUGCUGCCUCCAUCAGUAACUUCUGACAUUUAGGUGAUUGAAGUUCUUGUUGAGAUCUAACACCAAACAAGUCAGCAGUGGAUUAAACACUAAAAAUGCUGAUUUUCUCACUGCUGUUUCCAACCAUUAAAGGUGAUGUAACAGUCAUGGUGUAAGUAGUUUUAACUGAUCCACAGUUCGGCUUGAUUUCUGUGUGGGACGUCGCUCUUUGUGACCAGUCAUCACACAGUUACCUACUCGGCACUCUUUUGGGAGUGGAAACGUUACUUAAACCGUGCCGUGGCGAGGCGAGGCGAGUAGAGCCGGUGGAAAUACGCCGUAAGAUAAAGCAGCAAACGUAUUCUUAAGAUAAUCUCACAUCCUAAAGGUCUAUAUUUUAUGAGGCGAGCCUUUUGUUAAGUGGCUAAAAUCAGUUUUUCCCUUGUGUCCUUGCUGAGGACUGAGAGUGAGUCUCAUGCUGGUUCCUGGUCAACAGGGGCCCCAGAGGUAGACAGCUCUGCCUGGUGCAGGGUGUGAGCUGAGGGGCCAACACUUCAUGUCAGUGAAGGCUCUCAGUCAAGUUUCACCUCUCGUCCAGGAGGAUUCUUCACUUCUUUAGUUCAGUAUCUCAUAAACAUCUGCUUAGGGAUGCAUGAUACUGGACUCAUGUAGACUCAUGCUCUGUAGUGAAAUCAACUUUUCUCAUAAAUAAAUUGUCUUCAUUGUGCAAAACAAAUAAACUUAAAAAAGUAGUAGUUAGAGGAUGUAGAAGCUCUGUCAUUAGUCAGAUCAGAGGAUCUUAGUGCAUUUGCCGAUAUCUCAUAAUACAUUUGAAAGCCAAUAUAAGACAAUAGCAAUAAUAUUGUGCAUCCCUCGGUGCAGGAAACACUGUUUGUGUAGUGAAAAAUUAAAGUCUUCUUAUGAAUGUUAAUACAGUCGAUUUCCACAGUUAACAAAACUGAAAACCGACAAACAAAACUAUCUGAAAUGAACACAUUCAAUUGAAUUGGCUGGUGAAGACAUGAGGAAGUCGGCUGUCAAUAAUCAUCCUUUCAUGAUUAUACAGUGAGUUUGUUUUCCGUUCAUUAUCCAUUUAAAGAACAGAGAGAAUGUGUACGUCGUUCUUCAAACACUUUCGUUUUCAGAAGAGCUUCAGCUUUUGUUAGGGUUUUUUUAAACGUAAGCAUUUCUAUUUGAAUGUAACCAUGAGAACACGUGUGUGUGUGUGUGUGUGUGUGUAUAUAAUGUAAAUAAAAAUGUCUGCACCUUUCA